GAGUCUGAGGUCUGCAUACUAUUAACAUGUUAUUACCAGAUGUGUCUUAGAUAUUGAUCCUGUGUAUUCGGUGGUAGUUAAACUCUCCCACAUUCCAGGUCUAUAUCUACCUUUCUUAUUUAACAAACACAAACGAAAGGAAACUUGAAAAAAUGCCCAAGAGGAAGUCACCUGAGGGAGCUGAAGCUAAAAGCACCACUAAAGUUACAAAGCAGGAGCCCACUCGGAGGUCAGAGCGUCUUUCCUCAAAACCAGCUCCUCCUAAACCUGAACCAAAAGCCAAAAAGCCAGCUGUCAAGAAGCCAUCCAAUGACAAAGCGGUAAAGGAGAAGAAGGGCGGAGCCAAAGGAAAGAAAGUGGAGAAAGAGUCUGCGCCCACUGCAAAUGGAGAGACCAAGCCAGACGAGGAAACUGAGACAUCAAAGACUGAGGCCGAGUCAAAAGAGUGAUUGAAGUUUGUUUUCCGGAAUAACAAAGAACAUUUUUUAUUCCUAUUGAGUAUUUUGUAAAAUGCAAACUUUUUUUUAGACUUAUCGUAUUAGAUAUCCUUAGCUAAAAGUCAACUCACAAUCCCUGCUGAAGCACCAACCUCCGUCUCUCUCAUCUGUCAGAAGGAUAGAUUCAUUUCAAAGAAAGGCAACAAUUAUUCUUGAAUGAUUCACCAACAGCUCGCCUGUCAAAUGAAGCCACUUGGAAUAUGUCACAUCCGAUGAUGUAAAAGCAGCUGAUUCAUCAUUUGCCACCAGAGUGCAUACCUUUAGUUCCACGCACUAAGUGGUUAUUAACGCGUAUGCCUAUGGUGUGUGUCGUCUUUGAAUCAUGUUUUAUUGGUUGAAUUCUUUAAAAGAAAGGUAUACAAUGGGAAUUACAGAUUUACCCGCAAAUUUCUGCUUUUGUAUCUCGUGUAGCAUUUUGAGAUUCAAGUGUGUUCUGAGUAAAAUGGAUCAAUUAAACAUGACCCGUAACAGUGGCAGACAUCCAUAGCAAUAAACAAGAGGUGCUUUGUGCUAGACGAUUAGAAAUACAGAAUAUCAGACACAUUAAUAAGUCCACUUAACUGGUUUAAGAUAUACUCUGUAAAAUGUUUUCAAAUAAAAGGUCAAUAUAG